AUGGUCACCGAGCCAAGACAUUUGCCUGGGCUCAAGAAGAUUCCGCCGUACUGGUAUCCCUACACAACCAUGGCGAAGGGUCGAUGGCUAGGCCGAGAAAUCCUCGAGGUUGUAUCAACCGAAUUUCGAGACAGAUCCAUGGAGUACUAUAGGUAUGCUCUCGAGUCCGGCGUCACAACUAUCAACGGUAAGAUCGCGAAGCCUGACACCAUAGUCCAAAAUGGAGAUCGGAUCGAAAAUGUUGUUCACCGCCAUGAGCCUCCGGUGACAGCGACGCCUGUUCGUAUUAUACAUCACGACCGAGAACGUGAGUUCAUUAUCAUAGAUAAACCUGGCUCCAUCCCGGUCCAUGCCUCCGGGAGGUUCUUCCGAAACAGUCUUGUUGAGAUUCUGAAAAAUGACUUCGGCUUCAAAAAAGUGUACACUAUCAACAGACUGGACCGGCUAACCUCGGGCCUUAUGAUCAUCCCUUUGUCUUCCUCGAUGGCAAAUACUCUCACGCAAGAAUUUGCGGCAGGAACCAUUAGGAAGGAGUAUAUCGCCCGUUGUAGAGGUCAAUUUCCCGAAGAGGAGUUAGCCUGCGAAGUUCCUCUGCUGACCAUAGAUAGACAGAUGGGUCUCAACGUCGUACACCCGGAAGGCAAGCCAGCGAAGACGAUCUUCAAACGGAUGCAUUACGACGCAAACACUGAUACAAGUGUAGUGCAUUGUGAACCACUGACCGGUCGUUCCCACCAAAUACGUGUGCACCUGCAAUAUCUAGGUCACCCAGUAGCGAAUGACCCAAUAUACUCGGAAACAAAGAUCUGGGGAGAAAGGCUCGGGGAGGGAGGCAUAGACUUGACACCCAGCGAAGAACGCAGCCCGAAGGUUGACGGGCAGACAACAACCAAGGUUGCUCGUCCGAAAUUAUUACCGAGAGAAACAGGGCACGAUAUUGGAAUGGGUUCGCCCGUGCCAUUAUCUGCAGAGAUGGUGGGCAUCAUAACAAAGCUGCGAAACAUGAAGGACGAAGACGAGGACUGGAGCCGCUGGCGCGAUGUCGUCUUCAGGGCCAAAGAAGCACUCGCGAAGCUGGCGGCAUUCCGCGUCCCGCCGCCCGGCGCUGUUCUCGUCCCGCAAUCGUCGGCCUCGACCGCCUCCGCAACCACGGCUCCACUUGCAACGUCGGCGACUGACUCAGAUUCCGCGACACCGUCGCCCGUUAAGGACACGGCGAACGGUGCUCUCUACUGCUCUGAAUGCUAUUUACCACUGCAUCCAGACCCAAAGCCAGAGCGGUUGUAUAUCUUCCUACACGCUUUGCGAUACACGACCAGCCUGGGCUCCUUCGAGACCGGGAUACCAGAGUGGGCCGCAGAGGGCUGGACUUGGGAGCGAUGA